CUUUUCAUUGUAAAUAGAAAGAGGAAUUCCUCUGGCAUUCAACUUUCGUUCUUCGCCUCUCUCUCCCUGGCUUGGCGGAGUCUCUCUUCUCCGCCAUUUCUCCUCUCUGUUGGGUUUUCGGCUGGAAUUCGAGGGGGGAGUGAUGGAUUUCUGAGCCUCGGAGGAGUUCUUGAAGCAAUCCUUCGCUUAUAUUCUUGCAUGCAAGAAGAGAGAUGGAGAGGUUUGGGCUCAAUUUGGACAAAAUCGGAAGGAGUUAAUUGAUACCAAGACCUCCUCUUCCUCAUCCUUCUCGCCUUCCCCGCCCUGAUCACCGUCUCCUCUGCUGGUGGAGGAACUGGAGAACCUCCGGGCUCGGUCCCCCUCCACCGUGACCCACCUCGACCACCGGUCCGUCGCCCGCGUCCUCACCUCCGCCCUCGUCCCCCGCCCCUACUCCCUUCUAAUCUUCGUGGACACCACCAGCUCCUCUCCAAACCCGACCUCCACCUCCGCUUCGAGUUCGCCCUUGUCUCCUCCUUCACCGCCUGCCGCACCGCCUCCCUCCACGUCUUCUCUACGACAUUGAGUUCCAAGAAUCCCAGGCCUCCUCCAUCUUCAGCGUCACCUCCUGUGCGUGGAGUUGGGUUUUGAGACGGCCUCUGGAGUGCUUUGGAGCUUGGUUCUGAAGAGUUUAGGGGGAAAAGGAAGCAUCUUUUUGAGGUCUGUUUUGUGGUUUUGGUGCGUUUUGGGAAGGGGGAAGGGAUAGGACAGAUGAGGAAGACGAAGAAGAACAAGGAGGAGAUAGCGGAGGACUACUGCUUCACUUGCAAGGAUGGAGGGCAUCUUCGAGUGUGCGACUACAAGAAUUGUCUUAAAUCUUACCAUCCUCAAUGUGUGGGGAAGGAUCUUUCAUUCUUGGAGACAGAUGAAGUUUGGACUUGUGGAUGGCAUUUGUGCUUCAUAUGCCAAAAGAGCUCAAGGUUCCAAUGUUUUUGUUGUCCAAGCUCAGUAUGCCGCAAUUGUAUCAGAGAAGCUGAGUUUGUGCAGGUGAAAAAGAGGAUGAAGGGCUUCUGCAAUAAUUGCUUAAAGCUGGCAAUUCUGAUAGAGGAAAAUAUUGAUGUUGACUCUGAUGGGGGCAAGGUAGAUUUCAAAGAUACAGAAACAUACGAAUUUUUGUUUAAGGACUACUGGGAAAUCAUAAAGGAUCAGGAAGGAUUAACGUUGGUUGAUCUUCAUGCUGCUAAUGCUCUUCUUAAACGAGGUGAAAAUUGCAAGAGUGAAUCAGAUUCUGAUAAGUUUCCCGAGGAGGAGUUCUUGUCUGAAUGUGAUGACUUGGGAGAUGAUUGUCAUAAUGAGAUGUCACUCCUUGAUGAUUUAAAAGUAAAGCGUGGUAAAAUGAAAUUUCCAAUAAAAAGGUGUAGGUCAAGGAGAAAGUAUAUUGGUUGGGGUUCAGAGGAGCUCAUUGGAUUCCUUACAUCCAUUGGUAAGGGUACAGAAGAACCUCUUACACAAUUGGAUGCUUCUGAAAUUGUUAAGGAUUAUGUCCAAGCAAACAAUCUUUUUCAUCCUGACAAGAAGAAGAAUAAGGUCGUAGUGUGUGAUGAGAAGCUGUAUUCUCUUUUCAGAAAAAAGAAAGUGAAGGUUCAUAAAAUCUACAGCUUACUGGAAAGCCAUCUUGCUGCAGACGAUGAUAUGGAUGAUGAAUUUUCUUUUAGCUCGGAUGAUGAUGACAACUCAAUUAUCAGGAGAAAGUGCCGAAGGACAAAUUCUGAUUCCAAAAUUCGUAAAUCAGAGCCAAAUCAUUACAAGCAAAAGGUUAUGGAACCACUCAAAAGCUGCUAUGCUUCUGUGAUCGACAGAAAUAUUAAAUUAGUCUAUCUGAGAAGGUCUUUAAUCAUGAAUCUUCUGAAAAACCCUGAGACUUUUGAAAACAAAGUCACCGGUUGCUUCGUGAGGGUUAAAAAUGAUCCCAAAGAUUUCUACUGUCGACCUCAAAAGCUAUACCAGCUUGGGCAAGUGACAGGUAUUAAGAAGGCUCCACAUGCAUACAAGGUAGGAGAGACAUUGAUGGAUACCGUCCUAUGUGUUUCCAAUAUGUGUAGGGAUAUCCAAAUAACUAUGUUGUCAGAUGAUGAUUUUGAGGAGGAAGAAUGUGAAGAUCUCUGUAAGUUGGUGAAGAAAGGCCUCCUUAAAAGGCCUACAGUUGAAGAGCUUGAGAAAAAGGUCAGAAUUGUGCAUGAGGAUAUUACAAAUCAUUGGAUUGACAGAGAGAUUGUGAAAUUACAAAAACUGAUUGAUCAGGCAAAUGACAAGGGAUGGCGCAGAGAGCUAUUUGAGUAUAUUGACAGAAGAGAACUGCUCUGCACGCCAGCUGAAAGAGCACGCCUUCUAAAGGAGAUUCCACAGGUCAUUGCAGAUACAGAAGAAGAGGUUGAAGUGAUCACUGAUACAUUACUAGAGUCCCAUGGAGAAAAUAAAGGUGGAAACAUUGCCAUCAUGGAAGCCCUGCCAGAGGAAGCUAAAUCAGGGAAUGGAGCGUUCUCUUGUGAAAAUGCUGCUGAAGAAAGAUCUGAAGCAGGGAAUGGAGCUGAUUCCCAUGAGAAUGCUGUGGAAGGACAACCUGAAGCAGGGAAUGUAGCUGCUUUCCAUGAAGAUGCUGCAGAAGAAAAAUCUGAAGAUAAUGAAGCUGCCUUGCAUGAAAAUUCUGUGGAAGUUAGACCUGAAGGGAAUGAAGCUUCUUCCUAUGAGGCAGCUAAUAAUGAAGAAGUUGAAGGGAUGGGAGCUUCACCAAAAGUCACUGGACAACUUGGCAUAGAAAGUGAGCCACUCAAGUCUAGUGUAAUAAACGAAAACAGCAACACCAGCCGGAUAAUUGAAAUCGUAGAGGAUGAAGAAAUUCUAAGGUACAAGAGGACUGCAGAUGUACAGAUAAUUGAUUUAGAUGAAGAUGAAGAAGACUGCUUGGCUGCCUUGAAGGAAAAUGACCCAUCAACAGCAGAUACUUGCUAUGAGAUUGUGGACGCAAUGAUCUCUGAGAGGCAGAAAGUAUGGAACUAUAUUGACCCUUCAGGGAAUGAACAGGGACCGUUUGCAUUGGCUUCACUGAGAUACUGGAAGGAAGAAGGCUUCUUUGAUGAUGACUUCAGAGUGUGGAGAACAGGUCAAUCCAAAGAAGAAGCGAUCUUGUUGAUGGAUGCUCUCCGUUAAAGUCAUAAUUGCUGACUAUUUUCACAUGCAGAAUCUGAAGGCCUAGAUCAUUAAUUGACUGGCCCAUUUUGUGGAAUGCUCUCCCCAAUUUCCUCAAUGCAAAAAAUGAGUGUUGAAUUUUGUUCAUGUAAAAAGCAGUUAUGUGAUGGCAAAAAUACCAUUCAAUGAUAUGCUAUUAAAUCCCUGAAGAAUUUGUUGUUGCUGUUGUCUAA